AUGGCCAUCGACAAUCAAGACCAUCUAUCAAUAGCCCAUCCCCCAAAACGACAAAAGCCUCCCCAGAAUGAUACACCGCCAAGACUGAGCCAUGACUCCUACUCAGUGGCCUGGAUCUGCGCGUUGCCGAUAGAGAUGGCAGCCGCGCGAGCGAUGCUUGACGAAACCCAUGAGACUUUGCCUACUGAUGCAGACGACACCAACACAUAUGUUCUGGGUCAAAUCGUGAAGCAUAAUAUCGUUAUCGCUUGCUUGCCGGCUACACAGUACGGCACCAAUAAUGCGGCCAACGUUGCCACGAACUUGACCAGAACUUUCCCCUCCAUCCGUGUCGGGCUAAUGGUUGGGAUCGGUGGUGGCGUACCGGGCAGUUCCGAUGUCAGGUUAGGAGAUGUCGUCGUCGGCACCAGGGUGAUGCAGUAUGACCUGGGAAAGGUGGUCGGAGUCGGACAGCUCCAAAGGACUGCUGUUCCCAGGAUCCCUCAUCACCUCCUGGGAACAGCCGUUUCCAGUUUGCGGGCUAAACAUGAGCUAGGGCCUAGUCGAGUUUCUGCUAUACUCCAGGAGAAACUGAGAAGCUAUCCUGGCUACGCUCGCCCAGCCUUGCCCGACCUUCUCUUUGAGGCUGCAUAUGAUCAUGUAUCUUUGACCGCCAAUUGCGACGACUGCAACCAGUGCAAACUCCUCCCCCGGGGUAGACGAACAUCAGACGAUGUAAUGAUUCAUUACGGAACCAUUGCUUCUGGAAACCAGGUCAUGAGAAGCGGAAAAAUGCGCGACGAAGUGGCUGGCCAACUCGAUGUUAUUUGUUUCGAAAUGGAGGCUGCGGGCCUGAUGGACAUUCUCCCAUGUCUCUCGAUUCGCGGAAUAUGUGACUACUCAGAUUCACACAAGACAAAGAACUGGCAGAGAUACGCCGCAGCAGUGGCUGCAGCAUACGCGACAGAGUUAAUAGAGGUAUUGUCCGUAUCAACGAAUCAUAGAAAGGUUGAGGACGUACCAGAUCAUAGUUCGACAUCCGAACAUAGAGAAAAGUGGUUAGAUAGCCUUCGAUUUAAGCGAAUGGAGGUUCGGGAGAAAACGAUUGCAAAGGAGCAUGCCAGGACAUGUGAAUGGCUACUAGAUCACCCUGGAUACAACACAUGGAAUGAUCAGGAGCAACAGUCACAGCACAAUGGCUUCCUGUGGAUCAGUGGCAAACCUGGUGCGGGCAAGUCUACUCUCAUGAAGUUCGCUUUCCUAAAGAUGAAGACCCAGGCCCGCUCACAGAACUUCCUUACUGCUUCUUUCUUCUUCAACGCUCGAGGCGAGUUUCUGGAAAGGUCCAUCUUCGGGAUGUACAGGUCAUUGUUGGUGCAGCUGCUUGAAGGCUACCCCGACCUCCAGGUCGUACUCGACAACCCAGAUCUUGUUUCACCGGAAGAGAACAGUCUGUCGUUGAAUGCUUUCAUGGAGCUCCUUGCAAACGCCGUCAUGGACCUGCGCGACCGACAAUUUGUUUGUUUUAUCGAUGCCCUUGACGAGUGCGAUGAGCAACAGGUUGUGGAUAUGGUCUGGUACUUCGAAGAGCUAGCGGAGCAGUCUGCGUCGGCUGGCGUGCAGUUUCGAGUUUGCUUCUCGAGUCGGCAUUAUCCACAUAUCGCCAUUGAACGGGGGAUCAGGCUCAUAUUGGAAGACCAGUCGGGGCAUGCUACGGACAUGGCAUCCUAUGUUGAUAGCCGUCUCUGCAUCAAAGAUAAAGUGCUCCUCCGGGAGCUGCGACAGAAAAUACUCGAAAAGGCUGCUGGUGUCUUCAUGUGGACCGUGCUUGUCGUUCAUAUUCUCAACAAGGAAGAUCGGCAUGGUGGUCUGGCACUGAGAAAGCGACUCGCAGAGAUACCUAGCGAUCUGAGCGAACUUUUCAGAGAUAUUCUGAAGCGCGAUAACGAAAACGUGGAACAAUUUGUGCUUGCCACAUUGUGGAUCCUCUAUGCAAAGCGGCCUUUACGCCCGAAUGAAUUCCAGCAUGCUCUGUGGUCUGGCUUGCGGCUGAGGGAUGUUGUAGACCCGCAGCCUCCGGACUUCACCACGAUAGAUGCCGAGGACAGGGCUGGCAGAUUAGAGGAGUACGUGGUUAGUGCCUCGAAAGGACUAGCCGAAGUCACGAAAUCCACCCAGCCAACUGUUCAAUUCAUUCACGAAUCGGUGCGAGACUUCCUUGUCAAGGACAAAGGUCUGCUGGAGUUUUGCCCCGGUUUAGGAGUGGAUUUCGAGGGCUCAAGCCAUGAGAGACUUAAACAGUGUUGUUACGCAUAUAUAAAUGACGACUUCACUCGCUUGUCUGUCGAUGAAAUGCAACCAGCAGAGGCUGAUACGGCCGAUAGAAUUAGUCUAUUACUGAAGCGGCACCCCUUUCUGCAGUAUGCAGCCCAGCAGGUUCUUCAUCACGCCAAUGCUGCGGCUACGGCCAUUCCCCAGGACGAGUUUCUAUUUACCUUCUGUAUUUCUGACUGGGUGCGCAUAUCCAACCUUUUUCAACUGAACAAGCACUGGCAUUACACCCCGAGUGCGAGUAUGUUCUAUAUUCUCGCGGAAAGGGGAUACUCGGAACUCAUUCGAACAAGACUCAGGCGUGAUUCGCACAUCCUCAUUCCUGGGGAGAGAUACGAGUACCCGCUAUUUGCAGCCCUGGCCAACAGUCACCUUGAUGCCGCCGUCGCUCUUCUCAACUUGCCAUCGAAGAUAUACAAUGGAAUUGAUAUCACACGGGGUCUAGUGAAAAGAAAGGGCUUGAAAUUUUAUACAAAGCGGACGCCACUAUCCUGGGCCGUUCAGGAGGGUCGAAUGGAAAUAGUCGAACUGCUUCUCCAGUAUGGAGCUCCCGUGGAUGAAAUGGAUGCACGAGGCCGAACACCACUCUCAUACGCGUGCGAAAACGGCAUUGAGAAUAUGGCGCGGCUUUUUAUUCAGCGUGGUGCCGACGUCAACAGUUGCAAUAUUAGAAGAGGAACUGCACUCAGUUUGGCGUGUGCAAACAGCCUCCUGGAUCUGAGAAUAUUGCAUUUUGAGGAAGGGAGAUUCGUGAUUACCCGGGAUAUCAAUGGGGGGACUCCCCUGUUCUGGGCUGCUCGCAACUGUGACCUACAGACUGCUCGGCUUUUAAUUGACAAAGGAGCGGAUGUCAACGUGAGGGAUACCUGGGGAAACACGCCCCUUUUUUACGCUGCGAGGGCGAACAAUUGGGACCGCCGGUCCCAUAAAGUGUACAAAGCCAAGAGCAUACAUGAUAGGCCGGCACUCGGCGAGCCAGUGUCCUUCUGCAAGUUUCUUCUCGAUCAGGGGGCAGACAUCCAUGCGAUAAAUAAUGACGGGAACACCCCACUCGCUAUUAGUGCCGAAAGUGGACACAGUGCAGUUGUGAGCCUGCUUAUUUCCAAAGGAGCGAAUGUAAAUAGCAGGGAUAACAAGGGUCGGACUGCACUUUCACACGCCGCACGUAAGGCCUGUGAGGCCUACACAAAACUGCUUCUGGAUAAUGGUGCUGACCCCCCUGCUGGAGAUUUGGAAGCUCCAUUCAGUAAACAUGCUAACGUGUGCAUGCUGCUCAUCGGGCACGGAGCUGACCCCAAUGCUAGGAAUGCGAUGGAGGAAUCACCACUCCACCUCGCUAUUCGCCGAUGUUGA